AUUAUUCAGCGAAUUAUAAGUUUACUAUAGCAGCACUGCUUGCGAAGCACGCAGUCCAUUUGAUAUUUUGUUUGAAUUACUGUCGUAAGCCGUAACAUAAAAAUUAGUUUUAAAUGAUAUUUGCUUACUUAUUCCACAGUUAAAAAUAUAACUUUGUUAGUUUUUGCAAUUGCGCCACUUCUUAUAAAAUAAAUAAAAGCGUUAUAAUGAAUCGUUUAUCAGGAAUUUCUAAAGGUCUUCAUAGACACAUGUUUAAUUCAGCAGAGCACUACGGUCUCACUUUAACAAUUAAGGAUAUGCCCCGACCGAAAAAAUUGCCCUUAAUCGGAACAAAACUUGAUUUUAUGCUUGCAGGGAGAGGUACCAGGCUCCACGAUUACAUUGACAAGAGGCAUAAACAAUUAGGAAGUAUUUUUACCGAAACUUUAAGUGGAAACACAGAUUUGGUAUUCAUCAGUGACGCAAAUUUGAUGAAGUCACUGUUUUUAAAUCUUGAAGGAAAAUAUCCUGUUCACAUAUUGCCUGAACCAUGGGUUUUGUACGAAAAAUUAUACGAUUUUAAAAGGGGAUUAUUCUUCAUGAAUGGUGAAGAAUGGUUGGAAAAUCGUCGAAAAAUGAACAAACAUUUGCUUCGAGAAAAUUCCGACACCUGGUUGGAAACUCCAAUAAAAGAAACAGUCAAGAAUUUUGUCGGAAAAUGGAAAAAUCGCGCUGCUGGUGCAAGUUGCGUGAUAUCCAAUUUAGAUUUAGAACUUUAUAAACUAUCUACAGAUGUAAUAAUUAAAGUACUGCUUGGCGCGGAUUCCAAGCUUUUGGAAAGUAGGCAAUAUGAAGAUUUAAUAUCAAUUUUCUCGCAAGACGUUAAAAAAAUAUUUCAAACAACGACAAAAUUAUACGGUCUACCUUUAAAUUUAUGUCAACGGUUAAACAUAAAAGUUUGGACUGACUUUAAAGAAAGUGUCGAUUCUUCAAUUUUUUUGGCUCAAAAAAUUGUUAAUGAAAUACUUUUGAAUAAAGAUAAAACGAAUGGAUUGAUAAGGAAAUUAAGCGAUGACAACGUAAGCGAUGAAAUCAUUAAAAAAAUUGCUAUCGAUUUCGUGAUUGCUGCUGGGGACACGACUGCUUACUCCACAUUUUGGUCACUUUUGAUGCUAUCUGAAAACAAGGAGUCUGUGAAAGAUAUUCGUAAGAACGGAUGCUCAUUUGUAAAACACGUGGUAAAGGAAACAAUGCGCCUAUAUCCAGUAGCUCCAUUUUUGACGAGAAUAUUACCCGAAGAAUGUUUGCUGGGACCAUAUAAAAUUAAUAAAGGGACCCCAAUUAUUGCUUCCAUAUAUACCUCAGGCCGUGAUGAACAUAAUUUCACCAAUGCUCAUAUGUUCCUGCCAUACAGAUGGGACAGGAAUGACCCAAGAAAAGCUGAUCUCAAGAACCAUGUUCCUUCAGCAACAUUGCCUUUUGCUUUGGGAGCAAGAACUUGCAUUGGGAAGAGGAUUGCUAUGAUGCAACUAACAGAAGUUAUAGAGCAGAUUGUGAAUAAUUUUAAUUUUAAAAUACACAACGGUGAAAAUGUGAAACCAAUCACUUGCCAAGUGCUAGUCCCAGACAGGCAUGUUGAGUUAUACCUUACAUCAAAGGAGAUUUAAAACAUGACCACUGUAUGUGCAAAUAUAUUAUUUUAUUACAUAGAUUAA